AUGGCGGAGAGCCGAUGGAUCACGGAGGCUCUCGUCCAGUUUUCCGCGUCGCCGAUAUGGCUGACGCCGAUCGACAACUUUGUCGACGAUAACUGCUGCAUCUUCAGUAACGAGUCAGAGAUGCAGUUGGAGUACACGGUCGUGCACAACAAAUUCAAGAAGCUGAUCGACUCCUUACUGACGUGUUUCUUGAUGGAGCUGGGGGUGUCGAUGGAGACAGCCGUGGAGGCCCUGCAGAGCUCCCUCGCGGUGGAUGAGCAGACGUCCGAGGAUCGGCCUGAACAAAAAGCUGCGAAGGAAUUGUUGAAGCAGAUCCUCAAUGCGGACAACUUCUCGCACUUUCACGAAAUGAUGGUGAAGCGCAACUUGGAGCUUGACAUUCUGGCAAACGCUGCUCUCUCUUCAGAUGGGGUGCGCGUGGACGGCGGUGCACAGACGUCAGCGGAGGUGCUCAAGAAGGAAACCCAGGCCACGGCUCGCGUGCAGCGCGCCAUCGACGUCAACGGCGACGUGAACGAGGACGAUGCGCUGCGGCGCGCCAUCGAAGUGUCGUUGCAGGAUGGCACUGCACAGCAGCAGGUGCAGGCCUACAACGAGGCGUGCAUACAGGAGGAAACAGAUCUGCAACUGGCUGCUCUCGAACACAAGGCAAACCGUGAGAAAGGGCAGUUGCAGGCUGCCCUGCAGGCACAGUCCGCUCAGAGCCACUCCGAAGAUGUGCACGGCCGACAAGAGCACAUCGAACGCAUUAACAAGCAGAAGGAAUUGCAAUUUCAGCAGAUUCGUGACCACGCAAUACCGGCGAAGGGGCAGAACGGGUGUGACGAGGCCGAGCCACAGAACGCGGAUUUCAACUCGCCUGAAUCGUCUUGUCCUGUCCCGGCGCCGCAAGUUGCCGCUGCGCCGUCCGCACCUGUGGCCGCGCCGGUCAGUGUACCUGCAUUGCCCUCCAUUGGUCAGCGCCAGGCUGCCUUGCCUGCGAUUCCGUCCACGCUGACUGCAAGCGUCUCGAAAUCCGCACCCAGCGCACCGGCGCAUCAGGCCCACGGCGCCGCCGUCUCGGCAACCUCGGCGCCGACGCCGGCACCCACGAAGGAGGAGCUUGAAAAGCGCGCCCAGUACAUGCGAGAGCAGCGUGAAAAGCUCCUUGCCUGCAACCGUGCCUCACGUCAAGAGCAGCUCAACACGUUCCUGCAAAACAACAGCCCUUCGACGACCACGUCGUCUUCCGCAGCAUUGGCAGCCACCGGCACAGCGCAAUCGGUGACCGUCGAAAUCGCUCGCCGCCUGCGUGGGGACCUCAUAGGUGAAGCGCGGAAGAGCAGUGGUUGA